GGUUUCCUUUCCAGGUUUCUCCUCGUCGUGGAAGGGGUUGGAUGAUGUCCCUGGCUCUCCAGGACGCCCCUCCUUGGCUGUAAUUGCAGGAAGGCCUCUUAAACCCCGGCUCAUCUCCCAGCCACUUCUGGAAGCUACUUGAGAAAAAAAAAAUGAUGUGACAGAUCCUAUCAGAAAGGAUUUUCGGAAACCUAACACCUUCGAAGAAAGUGGCCCUUUUCCCUUUCUCAAAGUAGACAUUCUCCAAUUCCAAAAUGCCAGCCAAGACCCCGAUUUACCUAAAAGCUGCCAAUAACAAGAAAGGCAAGAAAUUUAAACUGAGGGACAUUUUGUCCCCCGAUAUGAUUAGCCCUCCCCUGGGAGACUUCCGCCACACCAUUCACAUCGGCAAAGAAGGUCAGCACGACGUCUUCGGCGACAUCUCGUUCUUGCAAGGGAACUACGAGCUGCUCCCGGGAAACCAGGAGAGAGCGCGCCUGGGCCCGUUCCCGGGGCACAGCGAGUUCCUGCGGGCCAACAGCACCUCCGACUCCGUGUUCACGGACACGCCCUCCCCCGUGCUCAAAAACGCCAUCUCCCUCCCGACCAUCGGAGGGUCGCAGGCGCUCAUGUUGCCCUUGCUGUCGCCGGUGACGUUUCAUUCCAAACAGGAGUCCUUUGGGCCGGCCAAGCUGCCCCGGCUUAGCUGUGAGCCGGUCGUGGAGGAAAAGGCCCCGGAGAAGAGCAGUCUGCUGGGGAACGGGACGGGCCACCAGGGAGACGUCUCGUGGGGCUCCAGCGGCUCCGCGUCGCAGUCCAGCCAGGGCAGGGACAGCCACUCCUCCAGCCUCUCCGAACAGUACCCCGACUGGCCGGCCGAGGACAUGUUUGACCAUCCUGCCCCAUGCCAGCUUGUCAAGGAGAAGACGAAGUCGGAGGAGUCCCUCUCCGACCUCACAGGUUCCCUCCUCUCCCUACAGCUCGAUCUGGGGCCCUCCUUUUUGGAUGAGGUGCUGAAUGUCAUGGAUAAAAAUAAGUAACGGACACCGCCGACUCUUGGCCUUUGGGGGGAAAAGGUAUCAAAAAAUAAAAACUAAACUAAACCACAGUCGAA